AUGCAGGUACCGUUAUUAACGCGGGCCCGCUCGUUGGCCUCGAGCGUCACGGAAAAGUUGCGAGUUUUUCCUGGCGAUGUCAUUUGGCCUUUUUUUCUGCUGACGGGGGAGUACGCUCAUGUGUGCGUGAUUGCCUACCGCACGUUUAUCCACUUCCGUUUGCGACAGGCACUGCGCGUGAUCUUCGGUGUUCCUGUAAGUGGUGUUGCGCUGUACAUGGCUCAUGCCGCGUGGGCGUGGUACCCGGAGCCGGCCGCCGCCAUAGACACAAGCUCCGUCGCGGGAUGCCGCCCCGUCUUUCGUUCCACCGCUGAACUCCUGGACUUUGCCUCCACGUGCUCUCGCCGCUACCACCGUCUCUUUGAGGAGGGGGAUGACAUGAGUUCAGCCUGCCUGAACGAGUUGGUGGGUGACAUGCUCACCAUCCUGCGCUCCAUUGAGGCGAUCGAGGGGAGUUUUGAGGAGCGGGAGUUGGUGACGGCCUCGCUGACUGUCACGGAUCCAUCACGCGGGGUGGAGCAGGAGGCGUCACCCGCGGAGGCGGUGUUGCGCGUCGUGCUGCUCAUCUCGCUGGAUCAGGGAUGGUUCGACAUCGUGGAGGAGGCGCGGAAGAUGUACAGCAAUCUCGUGCGAGAGCGGCCUGUGCCGCUGCAGGCGAACGUGACGAGCGCCGUGGCGGAUUUGUGCGCACUUUCGUACGAGCUGGAGAGUUGCGCGAGUUCGGCGGAGGUGACGAUGCCGCAGCGUCAACGCGUGGCACGCGCCAUUGACGCGUUUCGUCCAGGGAGCUCCGUGCGGGAGCGCUGCACCAUUGCUGCGGAAAUUGGCGUUCUUCCUCUUGUGGAUCUUGACAGGACGACCCGCUGCCUCAUGCUGACGCGUCGCAGCCCCGGGCGGCGACCGCAGCUGAUCAUCACGUUUGUCGGCUCAAACAGCGUGCGGAACUGGUGGAGGAACCUCCGCUGUGACCUGACGGAGCUCCCCGCGGCGUUUGGUGUACAGGCGUGUGUCCACAAGGGGUUCCUGCAGCUGCUGCAGUCAGUCGCGUUUGAGGAGGUCGCUGCGGGCUUUGACCAAAUUAUCCUCAUCGGUCAUAGCAUGGGCGGUGCGCUGGCGCAACUCGCCGGGCUCUACUUGGCGAACGAGAGGCCUGAGAGGCGUGUCACGGUUCUGACGGUGGCCUCCCCACGUGUUUUGUCCUCUCCGCGCGGAGUUUGGCGGCGCGGCGCGGAUUGGAUACGUGGUCGCGGCGCGGCGGGGAGGGAAGCGCUGAUCGCGCUGCCCAGCAACUUUCGCCAUAUACGUGCCUUCAUGUGUGCGGACGUGGUGCCGCGGCUGCCUCCCGCCUUUCUCGGGUACCAGCACGUGGGCACGCCGCUGCCGCUGCACACGGGGUGCCCCACGCGGAUGUCUUAUUUGGGUUGGGGGCUGUGGUCCUGCCUGUUUCACACUGCGGAUAUGUACAAGGCGGUGCUGGAGAGACCAGCAGUGGCGCAGCUUCAUCGCUACGACUAUGCGUUAGCAUCUUCUACCCAUUGA